UUAUUUGUCCGUCAGUUUGUAUUUUGUCGCAGGGUGGUAUAUAUGAAUUUGUUUUGUGUUUAUCAUCAAAGAAUCGACUCUGUGUCAGGUCUUCAUGUAUUGAGUAUUGCGUGCUUUAUUGGAUGUCUGCGAGUCUGCGGUCAAGUGUAGAUUGUGACGAAUCUUCAACUUUGACACUUGUCAAGUGUUGAAAACAAAUUGGGUGUCAAUUUUGGUUCUGUUUAUUAAAUUUUGUUAAAGGUCCUCAAAGAUCAAAUAAAACAUUUCAAGAUGAUAGCAUUAAUGAACAGAAUAUUGGAUUGGUUUAAAAGUUUAUUCUGGAAAGAGGAAAUGGAACUCACAUUGGUUGGUCUUCAAUAUUCAGGAAAAACAACCUUUGUCAAUGUAAUUGCUUCUGGACAGUUUAGCGAAGAUAUGAUACCUACAGUAGGUUUCAACAUGAGAAAAAUUACCAAAGGAAAUGUAACAAUCAAAGUGUGGGACAUUGGGGGCCAACCAAGAUUCAGAUCAAUGUGGGAACGAUACUGCAGAGGAGUCAAUGCUAUUGUGUAUAUGGUAGACGCAGCCGAUUCAGAAAAAAUCGAGGCUUCAAGAAAUGAACUCCACAAUUUAUUGGAGAAACCACAACUAGCUGGUAUACCAGUCUUAGUGUUGGGUAAUAAAAGGGACAAACCACAGGCUUUAGAUGAAAACGGCCUUAUAGAAAGAAUGAAUCUCUCUGCAAUCCAAGAUCGUGAAAUAUGUUGUUACUCCAUUUCAUGUAAAGAAAAAGAUAACAUUGAUAUAACACUUCAGUGGUUAAUCGCACACUCUAAAUCUGGAAUGCGCUAAACAAAUUAAGUAGGUAUUAUUUUAAUUGCGAUAAACUAACACUACUUGCGAAAGUAAACAUAUUUUCGAAACUGUUCAGUCUUUACAAAAGAUCUCUUUGUCAAAUAUAUUAUCUAGGAUUUUUGCUAAAAAUAAUGUUUGGGUACUAAAUGUGUCUGUAAAAAAGAAGAUACUUAUUAGUAGUUUUCAUUUUCUUUAGUAUAUCACUUAACAAAUAUAGCGGUACUUUUCUGAGAUAAAUACCUCAUAAACAAAUUGCGUGGUAAAAAAAACUUUGAAAUUUUGUUAUAUCCUUUGUGUUUCUAGGAUUCUCCUAAAAAAUAGUGGGUUUGUGAUGAAUUACUUCAUCUUUUAUGAAAUCAAAGUCAGAUCCACAAUAAGUAAUGGUAGUAUCAUCUGCAAGUAGUUCAGUUGAUCCUUUCAACUUCAACAAUGAAAUAGAAUUAAUAUACAUAAAAAAUAAUGAGGUCCCAAUACUGAUCCCUGUGGACUCCAUGUGUUAAAAUAUCCAUUUCAAUUUAACCAUUGUGUUUAAUUUCGACAGUGACUGAUACACUAUCAAAUUUUUUCAGUAGAAUUGAAUAGUCAACAUUGUCAAAAGUUUUACAGAAAAAGAGUUGUGAAUUUAAAAAUAAUCUUUAGUUUUUUCAUUAGUUCAUUUAAAUUUGUCGAGUAGGAAUAUUUAUUUUGGAGGUUAUUGGAAUAGACAGUGUUGAGCUUGAACAUUUCGGACUGAACUAAGACUGUAGAAAAAUAUGUUCACUUUGAACUAGUUUUCGUUUUUCAUUCUGAUCCGAUUUUAGAGGCUGUUCUCCAACCAUCGCUAGUCGAAUCAAGAUUUAAAGCGAAGACUGUUUUAGCAUAUAUUCACUUGCUGAUAUAGAUUGUAAGUUACUAUAAAUUUAUCUAUAUGAAAAUUACGAUGCUGGUUUUAUAAUACGUUGGACGUUGAAAAUGUAAAAAAAAAUAAAGUGAAAUAUUUGUUGCUUCAGUAGACUCGGAAAAUUCAGAAUAAGUAGAAAAGUAAGGGUAGCAUGAUUUUUUUGUGUAAUUAUUGAAUUUAUUUAUAUGGUUUACUGAUAUGUACAGUGAGAUUUUUUUAUAUAUACAUAUAUAGAUAUUCGAAUAGUUUUAUUUUUAGUUUUGUAUUGAAUGUUUUAACUCUAUUGUCUUAUUUCCUUCAUACUGUUUACAUUAGGGAGUAUUAUAGAAACAUUGAUAUGAGAUUAUUGUCCUUUUUGAAAUAAACUACAUGAAAACGUUG